AGCAGGCAGAACAAGACAAGUUUCGUUCGGUACCACACCACAACAUCAGCAGACUUGACACAGGGAAUCUGGAAACAGAGCCUAACUUAUCAUCUGCCAGUAUUGGUGACGCCACGAAUUGACCGAUUUCCCGCUUUCGGACGGUCGGACGACCCACCAAUUCGCAAGCCAUCCGUUGCGAGCGCCAUCGGCAGGGCCGCACUGCGAAAUUCAAGCGCAUAUCGGCGCACCACAGUGCGAAAUCAACCCCAAAGUGUUACGUAAACACCCGUCUGCGGGAGAGGUGCAUGAACCAAUUCUUGCGCUUCACUUCGCACCAACACCAUUGACGUCUGUGUUUUUCCUGCAGGCCAACCCAGGCUAAUGGCUUUGUUCCUCGGUCAGCGCCUCCAGUGCCUUUCCACCCUGAGCCAUCUCGACUCAUUUAGCAGCGCAGUUGGCCGGUCGCGGAAAAACGGCUUCCAUGAACGUGUUCAAAGUGCUGCUGCUGCAGUUGUUUAGACUCAUAGUGUGGUUGCUGUUCCAAAAGAAAGCGGACCCUAUCAAGAAACGGAUCAAAAUGAACGCGGUGGACGUAGCGCAGGACGCAUUCAAUAGCCGCAACUUCCGUCUUGCAGCUGAAAUGUACAAGAAGUGCGUCAACGAAACAGUCCCUGGAAACCCCAUGGCCAAACUGGACCUCCAGUUUGGCUAUGCGGACUCUCUGGCCAACUGCGGCCGCCUCCGCGAGGCUGUUGCCGUGUACACAUGCAUUUAUAAGAAAGGGUGCGCCCCUGAGAAACUGAGGCACUUGGCCACUGCCCUCAUCGGCACUCUGCAGGCCGAAGGACCCCCUCUGUCUGCACUGCACUUCGACCCGCUGGCUUGUGUCAUAUGCGGAGGUGUGUUGAAGCAGCCCACCAGCUGGAACUGUGGCCACUGUGCAUGCUUAAAGUGUGACCAGAAGCAACCAAGAGACAAUCAUUGUCCUAGAUGUGGAAAGCCUAAAGGCCGGUCGCGUAAGGAGAUCAACGUGUUAGCCAACAACCUUGUGCAGAAACUCUGGCCACAUCAUUUGAGUGCUGCAACCAUAAGAGAUGAUGGCAACAACCUUUUUAAAGACGGCUGUCUUAAAGAAGCCUUAGAGAAGUACAAUGCUGCUGAUGAAUUAGUCAAGGAGUAUCCGUUAACGCUGGCCAACCGUUCCCAUGUUUCAUUGAGCUUAAGCAGAGCUCAAGCUGCACUGGCUGAUGCCGAGACUGUGAUAAAACGGUGGCCCCACUGGCCAAAGGGAUACUUCCGGAGAUCAAUGGCAUUGGCUUCUCUAGGCCGCCACGAAGAAGCGCUAGUUGCUUUAGCUAGUUGCAUCGCCUUGGAGAAAAACCCUCAUCCUUUACGACAUGAUUUGUGUUUAGCCCUACAUCGUGUCUUAAUUCCUUCCAACCGUUCCAAAUCAACUCCUUUUUGGAUAAAGAGACGAAAAAGGGCUUCCAGUGAUUACGAUGAUAGUGGAGACGAAGACCUGCCUCAACACCAACAAACUGAGUCAAGAUCCCGCCAAAAUGUUGUUCAUGGCAUAAUUGAUAGAGUACUUAAAGCUGCAGAGCUCUUAAAAAGUAAUGCUAAAACUGACAAAAAGAACACUGAACUGCUAGCAAAACAGACUGUAUGCCCUGCAGAGCCCAUCGACUUUGAGUGUGUUCUCUGUAGCAGAACUCUUUGGCGUCCUGUGACCACCCAAUGUGGUCAUACCUACUGUUGGACCUGCUUGGAUCGUUGCAUUGACUACAGUCACCCAUGCCCACUGUGCAUGUCUCCACUCACAGAGGGAGUUGCCGGAAAUGAGAGGUCAGUCAGUGACUUUGUGGAAAAGGCUCUGUCUUUGUUGCUUCCUGAAGAGUAUGAAUUGCGCAAACUACAGGAACAAGAACAAACUUCCGAACCACACAGGAGGGUUCCAGUAUUUGUUUGCACAACAGGAUUUCCAGGAAUUCCAUGCCCCCUGUUUAUAUAUGAACCUCGAUAUCGUCUGAUGAUUCGGAGAGCAGUGGAGAAUGGAAAUAGGCAGUUUGGAAUGGCAGCUUAUCUUGAGUCUGAAGGAAGAUAUGCGGAUUUUGGAACGAUGCUGGAAAUUCGAGAUACUCUUUCAUUUAACAAUGGCUGCUCCAUUGUUACUUCCAUUGGUGUCAGUAGAUUCAAAGUUCUUUCAAGGGGAGAAAAAGAUGGCUACAACUUAGCUCAAGUAGAACUUCUAAAAGACGAGGCCAUUCCAGAGGAAAGGCUGGAAGUUGUUUCAGAAUUGCAUAAUGAAGUUCGAGCAAGGGCCCAAACAUGGCUGAUGUCUCUACCCCAAAAAAGUAGAUCCGAAAUUGAGCAAACGUUUGGGCCAAUGCCAGAUAUUGAGAGCGAUUGGAAUUCUUUGCCUGAUGGGCCCCAGUGGACAUGGUGGCUCAUGGCAAUUUUGCCUUUAGGAUCAAAGCUAAAGGUUGGAAUUUUAAGCACAACAAGUUUGGAGAAAAGAAUGAGGGCCAUCAAUAAAACUCUAGAGCACUUGACCUUCAGGGCUUAAAAUUGUUAACGAAAUGAGCUCUGGCAACGAAUGUCGGAGACACUUCUUGUAAAAAUUCAUAUCCAACUUGCUCUUUUCAGCGCAUACUUGUAAACAUUUUUGAUAGUCACUAGUGACGUAACUAUCCUAUUGUGAUGAUAGACUCUGUGUUUUUUAUAAUUUAAUAAGUUAUUAAAUUUGAUCUUUUUUUAUUUUCAAGCAAAAGGCUCACAACAAUAUGUAACUAAUAAAAUAAUCUGCUACGAUAUACAUAAUU